UCUCAACAUUAUUCAAUUCAAGCUAAACUAAAUUUAAGAAAAUCAUCCUUUUCUUAUUUUAAAAAAAUCUUCAAAUUGAUGGCAGAAGAUACAACUGAAUCGGAAGAAAAGCCAAAAUUAACUUUUAGCAAGUAUGGAGACGAGGCCCGAAGAAACGACUUCGAACUGUUUCUGCCACGACCAAAGAAAACUGAGCGAAAACCGAAAAAGUCAGACUUGAUGAACUUUCAGUUUGAACGAAUAAUCGAAGACGGUUUAUCUGCCGAACAAGGCGAUCACCUCAAAGUUGCCGGGAAGCAUUUGAAAAUUAAAAAAGAAAUAGCGGAUCAGUUCAAACAGAAAGAGAAGGAAACAGACGCAGGCAGAGACGAUAAAGACACAGAUGAGAAUGAAAAACACAAUGAUGAAAAAGAAGGGAACGCUGACAAAACUCCUGUCCCAAGUCCCCCCCAACCAGUGACAUUAAAAGUGCCAGAAAAAUGUGAAAAACGAAUUGACCCAUUGGAGCGACACGUGAACUAUCACAUGACACUACAAAGGCUUUCAAAGUCGGGUAUUUGUAAGCACGAACAGAACGUGGAACACAGUAGGCUUCGAAAAUCGCUGGGUUUCAAGCCUCAUUUUAAUGAGUUUUUGGGGUCCACGGGGAAGUUGUUCAAUGAAGUCGAGACUCCAAAUCAAGUGCAGAGGCUGCAUGCCAAGGCUAAAGCAUCAGAUGAUCUAGACGAAGAAGCACUGCAUAACGUAAUGAUUACUCAGAGCACGAAGUUGAAGGUGACUUCAGGAGAACACGACAUUCUGAUUGGCUCGUUGAGAAACCGACACGACAGGGAAAUCAUCCAGCAAGUGGCACGAGUGAAGACCAUGUUGCGAAUAGUUGACGAAGUCAUGACUGAGAGCCUAUGAUUUUGAACUUAAUUGAACUAAACUAAACAUGCUUGAACUAAUAGCUUUAACUAUGAUAAACUGCAGAUAGCUAAAUUGUGUGCGUGAAGUUCCACCUACUCCCCUGAUUGAAAUCUUUUCCCAUGGGCUUUCAAGCCGACAACACGUGUCAGUCUGAUUCCACUAUCAGUUAACUCAAUGCUCGUCCAGUUAUUACUUGUUUCCAGUUAUUGCUGGUUCGCAGUGGCCAGGUCACUACACAAGGUUAAGAUAUUUUCGCGCUAAAAUUAUUCCCAACGCAAACAAUGUCUCUUCUUGACACUCUGAAGACCUAGGUUGAAAAACAAACGAGGGAGAUGACAAAAUCAAAUGGUCUCAUCAUAAAUGAUGUUACAAUUUUGAAAAAAAAAUGUACUUUUUAUAUUUUUGUUAGUGAGAAUUGUAGGGCUAACGUUUUUGAUAUGGCCUCGCUAAGGUUUUCAACAUG